AUCACUAUAUGAAGAAAGAAGAAGAGCAGAAGAUGAUCACAUAUUAGUUUACCAAAUGCAUCACAAUUUAUUUAAUUAUAAUCACCAACAACUUCUGUAUAGCAUGAGUCCUUCAACCCCCACCAAAAACAGACAAACAGAUAGAAUUAGUAAACAAAAUAUUGGAUGCAGAAUAUAAUUGGCUGACGAAUCCUCUGAAACAAAGCAAAGAAGCUCUCAAAGAAAGGUUGUUUAUUAAAUCAUAUGAUUCUCAAUGGGCCUAAUUGUUUAUUAAUCAUUCUUCUUCGCCCUCCUUCUUCCUCCUGGUCGACAGCAACCAUGCAAAGCAGCGGUUGCGGGGAGCGAUUCUGGCGGCAGCAACGGUGACGGGGAGCAACUCCUGGCGGCGGUAGCGGCGACGAGGAGCGAAUCCGGCAACAGGACAACACGACAGAAACAGUUCUUUGGUCGGCGGCGGAUACCAGUUCCGGGGUGGAUGACGACUUUUUUGCCCGAGAUUUUGAGAGUCGGGUUUGGGGAUGGAUCGUUUGAUAGGUUUAGUUUGGGUUUGAAAUUAGGGGUAUAUGUGUCAAUUUAAUGUGAUUUAGGGUGAUUUUUUUCAAAUCUUAGGGCGACGAAUAGCAAUUCAGUAAAUAUCAAUCCUACAAAUUGUGCCCGAACAGGAACCGGGGUAGGUCGGGACUCGGGUAUGUAGUGGGACGAUGGACCCUAAAAUACGUAGGAUGUUUCUAACCCAAAUGACAGCUUCCGCACAAUAAUAAUACAAACAAUAAUAGCAACAUUUAGGGUUAUAGGUAUAAUAUGCUCAUCUACUAUGACGUUUUAUCAAACAUGCCCUUAUACUAUUUUUUACACCAAACAUGUCUCUGUACUUUGUAAAAAUUAUCAAACAUGCCCUUUUGUUUAAAUUUUCAUCCAAAAACAGUUAACCAAGGUCGAACUUUGGUUUGGGCGGCACAAAUGUCUAAAAUAUCCCUAAUAAUUUCACUUUAGAAUUUUUUUUGUCUUUUGUAUAGCCAAAUAAUUCAAAUAAUUUCACUUUGAAGAGACCCAGAGAAAUAAAACGGGAGUGAAAAUUGACAUUUUCGCUCCCAUUUGCCGAUGUCGGGUCGUCUAAAUCAUGGUUCAACCAUGAUUGACGAUUUUAUCAAUGGAAAUCUUAACAGAAGGGCAUGUUUGAUAAUUUUUUCAAAGUACAUAGGCAUGUAUGAUGUAAAAAAUAGUAAAGGGGCAUGUUUGAUAAAACGAUGUGGUCCGUGCUAGGGCCAUGCCGUACCUCCUUAAUUAAUAAAAAAAACGUUUAUCUUGCAAUUAUCAAGGAGAAGGAGUCGUAUCGUAUGUGCUGACGUCUAUGGUUAUGUACAGUGGCGGUAAAUGUGAGCUAUCAACUGUAAAAAGAAGGGGAAAAAAACAUAUGUGGGCUAGCUCGUAAAGAAAAACAUAUAUGGCUGGCUGGCUAUAAAUAAGGGAGAAAAAAGUGUGGAGUGUUAUCAUUUCCUAGCCGUCUCAUCUCGUCUCAUCAUCUGGUCACAGGAUUAACAAUUAACCAACCCAUAUUCUAUUCUAGCUAGCCAAGCCAGCCAUGGCGUUGGAGCUUCCGCUAGGGUUGCCGAGAUCCGUGGUGCUGAAGAACAAGAACAACGGCAAGUACCUGCGCUACACAAACGAAGACACCGAGCAGCACGGGCUCCUCCAGUUCACCGGCGAAGCCACGAUCCCAACGGCCAGGUUCGCAAUCGAACCCUCCACCACGAACCCAGCCGGGCUGGUCCACAUCCGGUGCGCCUCCAACAACAAGUACUGUCUGAGAUCGAGCCAGGAAAGUCUGUGGAUUGCCGCGGCGGCCGACGGCAUCGAAGAAGACCAGUCCAAGUGGUCGUGCACGCUCUUCAAGCCCGUCCUGGCGGCAGACGUCGACGGGGGGGACGCCCUCUUCAUCCGGUUCCUCCACGUCCAGUCCAACCACUACGCCUGCCUGAUGAGCAGCGGCGAUUCCUACGCCAACUUCCUGUACGCCGGUUGGGCCGAGCCCAACAAAGACCUCCUCAUGGACGUGUGCCAGGUCGUGGAUUCCGAAUCUCUCCUCGUCCUGCCUCGAUACGUGGCGCUCAAGGCCGACAACGGCAAGUACCUCAGUGCUGACCGCACCCCGUUACCGUUUUCGGGCACGGACAUUGGCGACCCGAGUGUAGGGUUUCAGGUCUUCCCCACCCCAGACGGAGCCGUUCAAAUCAGAGAAAAAUAUUCCGGCCAUGACUACUUCGUCGGAUUCACAAACUCGGUCUCCCCAGGCUCCAGCAUGCUCACCCCAGCCGACUAUGACCCGUCUACAGUGCUUUGGCCCGUCAAGGUAGAGGACAACAUCAUCGCGUUGCGCUGCCAGGGCAACAACAAAUUCCUGAGGCGAGACGAAGUGAAUGGCUUCGCAGACUCUCUUAGCGCUACGGUGUCGACCAUAAGCCAGGAGUCGAAAAUCCGGGUGGAGGAGCAUGUGAUCUCGAGGGAAAUCUACAACGUAGUCUUCCGCCUCCUGGACGCCAGGAUCUACGACGAGACCGUCGUCGUUGCCACCAAAACCUCCGCCAGUAACGAUACCCCGAACACCGUCACCCACACGGUGACCCUAACCCACACAGAGACCACAGCCAGCACUUGGGAAGCCAGCCUAGGCCUCAAUCUUGGGUUCAAUGUUAGCAUAACUGCUGGCAUCCCGUUCAUUGAGGAAGCAAAGGUUGAGAUCUCCGGCGAGAUCUCCGGAUCCUACACCUGGGGGAAGACCAACACCACCGAGGACACGCUGACGAACCAGUACGACGCCGUCGUCAGCCCCCACAGCGUGGCGUAUGUGAGCCUGUUGGCAACCAAAGGCAAAUGCGACGUCCCGUUCUCGUACUCGGUCACCGAUGUUGGCUAUGAUGGCAAGAAAACCAAUUACGACAGGGACGACGGGAUCUACACCGGCAUGAAUAGCUACAACUACCAGUAUCAAGUCACGGAGAAGCCGCUCAACCCCAAGAUCAAUUGAAGCUGCCAGCCGGAUCAUCGGUUCUCGUGGAGGAUGACCUUUCUUUGCUGCUUUGCAUGCACGCUCUUGUAUGUGUUGUACGUUGUAUUUGCUUUGUUACGUUGCACUUGCACCCGGUAGCUAGCUGUUUGUUUCUUGCAUGCCGCUUUCUGCUUGUUUCUCUGUUGUUCCCGGCCGGUUUCUCUUCGAUCUACUACUAUCUGUUAUGUUGCGUGUUCUCAAUAAAACUAUUUCGUCCUCCUCCUCUUGCUAAUUAAGACACUUCUCGGUCAUGUCUGACAGUCUGAGUAUUUUUGAGAUUCAAAGACGAUGCACUUAAAUGCAUGGCUUAUGUCGCUGUGAGUGAGUCUAUUAAUUAUUAUUGAUUAUAGAGACUAAUUACCUAGUGCCAUUUGACGACAACGCUACUUGUGGCCCGUGCCUUUUGAUGAUAACUGUCUAUGCUGGUCCAUACCGUAAUAAAAACACGUUAUGUCUUCCAAUUAAAAGUAGUUAUAAGCAAGAUAUAAUAAAGAUCCGACGAGAUACGUAAAUCGCAGCAAUAAAAUUUUUUUGAAUUUUCUAUUAAAUAGUAUAAUUUUUUGUAUUUUGUACAAUAUGAUAACAUAGGUUUGAAUAUUGUCGUUUGCUGCGCGCAUGUCUUGUGUGAUAUUGUUGCACCCGCUGUUUUGUUUCUUGCAACUUUGUUGUUUCUGUUGUUCUGGAUUUCUGCUACUUCGUGUGAUCGCAAUAAAAGCAUUCCGUCUUCUUCUUCCGUUUGUUUCUAUUGGUUCUUCCGUUUGUUUCGUUUUAGCUGAUGGGGUGAAUGGGCUUGUUUAGCAUAAAGCCCAUAUAAUUUCUGCACCGGAUAAUAACCCAAGUCCGUACGAAUAGAAAAGCCCAAACUUCCUUUUCUGCAGGAGGGCCUGCUUGGCCAACACGAAACCUGCUGCUGCCUGCUGCCCCAAGGAAAAUAUCUUGGUAUGGGUUUGUGUACAUCAGAACCUCUUGGCUUAUUAUCUUCAUCAUCCGUCAAAUUUAGUAGCCUUUUUCUUUUUGUUGGGUAAUCCACGUGAAUCUUGUACUGCGACCAUACGCACCCAAGUCCUUAACUACUGACUCGACCGGAACGUUCGUGUGAGUGUACUUUAGGGUUGCUUUCUGGGCCCCCAAACUUUGUUGCGAUCUGAGAAGUGAGUGAGGUUGAUUGUGGGCCAAGUUUGGAUCCAAUCAAGUACGGCCUUUUCUGCAGGGGGUCCGGGCCAACACGAAAACCUGCUCUGCCAUUACAAGGCCCAGGAAAAUAUCUUGGUAUGUCUUUCGGUUAGCAUCGAGGAUGUUUUGCCUUUAUCUUCACAAAUUCAACAAAUAAUUGGACCUUUUUUUUAUGUAAUCUAAUCAUCUAAAUAAUAGGCAUUUUCUAUAUGAAUGAUGAAUACCUCUUUUCAAUAGGGAAAAUCAAAGAAAUUGAAAUCGACAAAAGGACAUUGAUAGACUGUUAAGAACCAAUCGGUCUCAAUAAUUCGAGAUGUUGGAAAAUGUUCAAUAAUGGAUUAUAAUAACACAUUUCCUCAAACGAAAGUCGGCAACUAAUAUAGACUUUCAUUUUCACAAGUUUGAUGUAAAAAAUAGUAUAAGGGCAU